AUGAUUCUCGCUUUGGGCGACUUCCUGCCUAAACAGGAAGACAAAGCAUGCGAGAGGCCCUGGGUUCAAUUCCCAGCUCGCCCCGUUAUCUUUUUUCACCAUCAGGGCGGAAUUUUUUUGUUUAGCAUCAAUCAACCUAACCUCUCAUGCUUCUCCAAGCUGAAAGAAGUAAACUCACUCUAUGUACGUGUUGCAACAUAUAUCUGCCAAAAGAAUGAAAGUAGGUUCAGAACAAACAGAUUGAAAGGAGACCAGUAA